UAGCAGCAAAACAGAAGAGCGCAAACCCAACGAACACUGAAGCUAAGGCAUGACUGAGGCGGUACCGAAGCCGCGGCGAUUGAGAGGUCACACGGCCACCGCCACCUGCUGCAUCGCCUCACGUGAGCGUCCCGGCAUUAUCGUUACUUCCGGGGAGGAUGGCUGCAUUUGCUGGUUUGAUUUACGAUGCAAAGAAGUUCAGUUUAUCAUUGAUGUUGGAAACGAACCGGUUACUUCAUUAUGUUUUAAGUCAGGGAAUGAAGAUAUUGUUUAUGCUUCCUCUGGGAAAGAAGUCAAGGCUUUUGAUGUCCAAAUGGGAGCUUCAUGGAAGGCAUUAGAGUGCUACAACUAUAACAAAGAGGAAAUAGAUCAGAUUGCAUGCAACUCCAAGUCAUCUUUUCUUGCUUGUGCUGAUGAUGGUGGUGAUGUUAAGAUCAUUGAUACUCGCCAGCAUUGCCUCUAUAAAACAUUGAGGUCUGGCCAUUCAAGUAUCUGCAGUACUGUGCAAUUCGUUCCUUGGAAACCUUGGGAUGUCAUUACUGGAGGUCUAGAUUCAAAGCUUGUCAUGUGGGAUUUCUCUAGGGGGCAUCUGCUCAAAAUCAUUGAUUUUGGCUUGCCAGACGUGAAUAAUAGUAACACUGGACAAUGUUACAACCCUGCUUUUGUUCAUGCAAUAGCAGUUCCUGAUGUUGAUAUGUUAGACAAAACAGACAAGAUAUGUGCGGUUGCUAGGGGUGAUGGUGUAGUUGAUGUGCUUAAUAUUGAGUCAGAACUUUCUACAACCAGGUCAAAAAAUUCCAUAAAAGCCCAGAAGGGAUCUCAGUCAAUACCAAAAAAUAAUACUUUGGCUGGAGAAAUGGAAACUCUGAAUCUAAAUGGUGGGAAGAGGUUGCAUCUGGAUUACUCUUUGGGUGGACAUACUGCUGCUGCUUCUUGUAUGGCAUUUUCUCUGUUUGGGGAGAAGGGAAAGUACUUAAUCUCAGGAGGGAAUGAUAAGUCAGUGAAGGUCUGGGAUUGCUCCCGAUUUUCUCAUACAGGGCAGACUGGUUCAAACAGUAAUCUUCUACAUAUGAACAUCAAUUUGAACAGAAAGGUAAAUUGGCUCUGCACCUCUCCAACUGAAUCAGAGAACGUUGUUGUAUGUGACACUUCCAAAGUGGUUAAGGUCUAUACAAUUUCAUAGAUCAGAGCUAUAUUUAUGUCUCCUGUAAUUGAUAUCCUGGAGAGCAUGAACCACCUUUUUGUACCAGACGUAUAUUAUUUUGUGUUUCCCUGGUGUCAAAUAGUUUCUGAAGAAAAUGCUUGUUGAUCUGAAAGCAACUCUGCAUACAUACUGUGCCGCUGAUUGUUAAGGUGAGACACCUAUGCCAGCAACAUCUUACUAUUGAACAAACCCCAAACAAAAUGACCGCAAGAUCUGAAUAUCUUUAGGACUUUUGAGUGAUUGAUUAUUUGGGCAUAAUGUGUAGCAUGGUUAUUAGAUGUGCUUGUGCUUUUUAUUUUCUAAAUACACAACUGGUGAAUCCACCCUAGGUGGGACUUUUGUAGCAGAAUCAGGCGAAGUCGUGAAGAUUUUGUUUGUAUCUUAA